ACCCUGGCCUUCUGAGAGCGCUGGGCGGGCAGGAGGAGGGGAAAGAAAAGGGAAAAAAAAGAGGACGCGUCAUGGCGGCACUGAGAGUCACUCGGGUGAUACGAAGCAUUGCUACAUGCGGAUGGAGAGCACAGUCCAGCCAAGCUAUUGCAGCAUCACCAAAAAGCAAAUCUGCAGCUGGCUUUAGCUUUGAACUGACUGAAGAACAGAAAGAAUUUCAGGCUACAGCUCGCAAAUUUGCUAGAGAGGAAAUUGUACCUGUUGCUGCUGAGUAUGACAGAACAGGAGAGUAUCCUGUUCCCCUCAUAAAAAGGGCAUGGGAGCUUGGUUUAAUAAAUUCACAUAUACCAGAGAGCUGUGGUGGCCUUGGCCUUGGCAUCUUUGACGCCUGCCUUAUUACUGAAGAAUUAGCUUAUGGUUGCACAGGGGUUCAAACUGCUAUUGAAGCGAAUUCUCUUGGUCAAAUGCCAGUCAUCAUUGCAGGAAAUGAGCAGCAGCAGAAGAAAUAUCUGGGGAGAAUGACUGAGGAGCCCAUGAUGUGUGCCUACUGUGUAACUGAACCCGGAGCAGGCUCUGAUGUAGCAGGUUUAAAAACAAAAGCUGAAAAAAAGGGAGAUGAAUAUAUAAUUAACGGUCAAAAAAUGUGGAUCACCAAUGGUGGCAAGGCUAACUGGUAUUUUUUAUUAGUUCGGUCCAAUCCUGAUCCUAAAGUUCCUGCAAACAAGGCUUUUACUGGAUUUAUUGUGGAAGCAGACAGCCCAGGAAUACAAAUUGGAAGAAAGGAGCUUAAUAUGGGUCAGCGGUGCUCAGAUACAAGAGGAAUUGUUUUUGAGGAUGUGAGAGUACCUAAAGAGAACGUAUUAAUUGGUGAAGGAGCUGGCUUCAAAAUUGCUAUGGGAGCAUUUGAUAAAACUAGGCCUCCAGUAGCAGCUGGUGCUGUAGGACUAGCACAAAGAGCUUUGGAUGAAGCCACAAAAUAUGCUGUGGAAAGAAAAACCUUUGGAAAGAUAAUUGCAGAGCACCAAGCAGUGUCUUUCAUGCUAGCUGAAAUGGCAAUGAAAGUGGAGCUAGCUCGCCUGGCUUACCAGAGGGCAGCGUGGGAGGUAGAUGCUGGCCGUAGAAAUACCUAUUAUGCAUCUAUAGCAAAGGGAUAUGCUGGAGACAUUGCAAAUCAAGUAGCUUCUGAUGCUGUCCAGAUCUUUGGAGGAAAUGGAUUCAACAGUGAAUAUCCAGUAGAAAAGCUAAUGAGAGAUGCCAAAAUAUAUCAAAUAUAUGAAGGAACUGCUCAGAUCCAGAGGCUGAUUGUAGCUCGUGAACAUAUUGGCAAAUUUAAGGCAUGAAAGAAUACCGAAAUGAUAUCAACAUCAGUAAAACGACGGACUUUCGUUCCUAGCAUGAGUUAAUCCAGAUCUGUAAAUGAUUGUAUCUUUUUCUGCUUUGCCACUUCUAGUACUAGAAGAGGAAGAUAUGUAAAAGCUAUAAAAAGAGAGCCUGACCUUAGAAGCAGUAGGGAUUUUCUCCCUAGCUGCAAAUGUGUUUAUGUAUCUUCAACAUAUGAAAUAAAACUGGUCACUUAAUUCUUGGAACUGAAGAUCUCCUGAAAUAUGGAAUCAGUACAUAUAAUCUGUGCCUUAAUUGUCACCUUGGAGUUAACUCUAUUCUCCAAAGUGUGCUUUCUUGGCAAAAGUUUUACAAUUGGCUAGGUUUUGAGAACUGAACAUGAGAGAGAGAGAGAGAGAGAGAGAGAGAGAGAGAGAGAUCCGUAUAAUUUAGGGUCCCAUCUCUACCAUCUGGAAACUAUAAUUGGGAACACUUCUAUUAAGUCUUUUUUUAUGUGAAGUUUUGCACCAUUGUCUCACACAGUUGACACUGAUUGUUGUCAGUGUAUGGCAGUAUUGAAUAUAUGUUAAUAAUAUGCUUAAUUUUAACAAACUAAAUAUUAUAUAUCCUACAUGUUGAUCAUGCACAAUCAGAUAAUCUUUAUUGUCACACUGAUGUAUAGAUUUCUCCAUAGUACAUCUGUUUAAAAUGGCAGUAAGAUUUAAACAGCGCAUAAACUCAUAAAGGAUAAUGUGAAAUCUAUUUUGUGAUGGACCCCCACCUCUUCCUGCCAUUUACCAUCUGAAUCCAUGUUAGCAUGAUAAACCAUUUUUUUUGCUUAAUUAUAUUAAGAAAUUACAAUUCUCCAGAAACAAAGCUCUUCAUUUUGUAGUCUAAUCAUAUACAUAAUGUAUUCUAGCUUUGUGAAUACUGGCAGUUUUGCAAAGAACCUUUGUAUGUUGAGAAACAAGACCCGUAACCAGUCUGCAAGUUAUUUUAAACUUGAGCCAUAUCUUCUUGUAUGGUUACUGUGCCUUUGCAUUUGAUUUUAGGAGUCUUACUAUAUGGGUAUUUUAUUGCAUUCAGAUAUGAAGCAUUCAGAUACAAUGCAAGAUUUUCACUAAUAAAGUUAAGAAUACUGAAACUA